AUGGAUGGUAAAAUGAAUGAGAAGAGAUUCACUGAAAGUAGCAUCUCAGAGGAUGCGAUUUUCUCCAAAUGCCUAAAUGGUAUUUUUGAGAAAUCCAACGAACUUGCGAGGCUAUAUAAUGUCAUAGUAGUUGUGAUGAUAGUCUCUUUUACUGGAAAACCCUUUCUUUUCAAAAGUCCAUCCUCGUUGGAACUAGUCAGGAUCCUGAAACUUCAGAAAACACUAUACAGUGUCAUGAAAGACUUGGUUUAUGAGAAAGAGCGUGCGAAGGUUCUCAAGAAAAGGCAUCAAGAGUUCCUUCAAAAGUAUGAAGUGAAGGAGAUCAAAAAUAUGAAAAUGGAUGAAGCGAUCACAUUCAGAGAUAAUCUUAAAGCUCUACAAGAGAUUAUAAAGCGUAAAAAGAUGGAUAUUGAAGAUUUAUCAUCUCAAAAAGAAUAA